AUGAUCUUCAAUGUCCUUUGUAUUUUCCUUGUAGUUCAAUCAACAGUGGAUCCAAAAGGAUCCUAUGUUAAAAUUUCUCGUCGGCGGCGUCGUUCUCGUGGUAGUCAACCACAACAGCAGCUACCCGAUAACGAAAUUUUAUUCAAAGUUCAAGAGAUGCAGGAACGACUGAAUUUUGAAAUUCGUCAACAGGUUGCUCUAUCUGAACGUAUGGAUACUAUAGUACGUCUAUAUGUCAAUGAAGAACGAGCGUUACAAAAAGUACGCCGACAAGUAGAUGGACUAAUAGAUACAUGUAUAUUUUCGUGUUCUCCAAAUUGGAUAGAAAUAUAUAAAAAUAAUAUUAUAUCUGUUCGAGAAAUAAAUUCAAUUUUGAAUGCAUUUAAAGCAGAUCAACCUGUAUCAUUAUUGUUACCAUAA